GUGACUUUGUUGAAGUGGCCUAUUUGUGUCAGGGCCGAGAGCAGAACGUACACUUACACCCCGCCGAGCCGCUACACCUCUCACAUCAAGGCCGAGAGCCCCGCCUCCGCCUUAUGAGCCCGAGGCGUUGCCUGAACCCGAUGAGUGGCGGCACAGCAACAGGUAUAUACACAAGCGAGGCGGGCUGCAGUCGACCUCCCAGCCGUCCAUUCUCAGCCUCUACCACUCCCCGUAUCAACGACACGGCAAACACCAGUACUUUCGUCGCCAAUAAGAAUGGACAGCAGCCCUUCGUGUCAGGCUCUCCUCGCCUCCUUAGUUAUCCAAAAAUGCAUCUUGUACGUCGUCAACGGUGUUACGUCCUGUCUAUACGAGUAACUGGAAAUGUGUCUAGCGGAUUAGUCCUCCGCGAUGACAUGUUUUGUCGGGGGUUUGGUACAUCAUCGGACUAGCACGCUUUUGGUGGAAUGCCGAUAAGAGUUGGAAAGAUUUGAAUGGAGAGUUUGCAGAUCUCCCAAAGGCGACAAUAAGGCGACAACGGAAUAUGCUCACUCUUUUCUGCUUCAUUUCGUUUUUAUUUGCAUUUACUUGGAGUGUCUUGAUCCAGAGGAGCGCCUUACACUUACGUCUCUCCCAAAAAUGACCUUCACGUUACAGGAAAUCGAAGAUAUAUUCGGUCCUUUUGUGGUGGAAAAGAUCAACGACUUGAUCCACAGACAAGCCACAUCUGUGAAGGUGAAGACGAAGGGUUUUCCGAAGGCUAUUAGUGGAUAUUGGCCAUGCUACUUGUUGUUGGGUCGUUGGGGGUUGGAGAACGAAUCCUUGGAUGUUUGUAGUUUUAUGUUUAUUCACCCCAGGCCAGCUUAACCGAUUAAGAAUUCAACAUGCC